UUUCCUACAAGAGAGAACACAUAUUGAAACUUUGUGAACGGAUUUAUUGAUCACUGUAGCGUUGCCACAGAAGUUGAGCCCCGUGAAGAAAGUGAUCACGCUUCCGAGUGUAUAUCGUUGGGAAGAAACACAGACGUUGAGCGCGUGACAUUAGCCGAGGUGAGCGUGAACGAGAGCGCAUCAUGGAGGAAGGGUCCAAUGGGAAGGCGCAGCUGGAGCGGUACUCAAGCAGCUCCUCCUACGGCGGCAGUCAUCGCCACAAGCCAGACCGCCCGCCCAAGUAUGAGAAGAUCCACCAUGACCAAGUGGCGCAGACGGGAGGUGGCCGCUUCGAGAAGAGGCAGCUGGUGAGUGACACGGUGGACAAGAUCUAUGACCGCACGCAGUAUGAGGUGAACCAGCUGCCCUCAGACGUCCUGCACAAUGACAAGUACCGCGAGGACAGGACAGGCGUGAAAGUCAGCCGUUAUGACCGCCUCCCACGCGCCUCCCUUAGUAAGAACAUAGUGGACACGCCUUACCGCGACCCCAUGAGAGAUAAAUACGAGAGGCUGGAGAAGGGUAAAGAGUCCAAGGAGUUUAAGAAGUCUAGUGGCACAGAGCGGAGCAGCAGCAAGACGACAAAGGCGCUACCUGCCAAAAGUCCAAAGCCCACAGCAGGAGAGUUGGCCAUUCUUCACGGUGUGUGUCGCUGUGCUGCCAUGGGAGGAAAGCCCCACGUGCAUCGAAGUGUGGAUGAUAAGAAAACGGUGGGCGUGGGGGUGCCUUGCGUCAGGUCGGGAAGCAUGACGGACUCAGAACUGUUCAGCAGAGGACGAGGCUGCUCCCGACGGUGGUGCGUGUGUCUCGUCCUUGCCGUGCUAUUCGUGUCCCUUGGAGCUGCCGCCGGGAUCUACUUCGCCUAUCAGUUCCUGGGCCUCGAACUCCCACACGAGCGAGUUUUCCGUGGCUCCUUCGAGGUGAGGAGCGGCGACAGGUGGAGCUCACUGCUAUCUGACGUGUCCAACCCUUACUACGUCAGCACAGCCCAGAAGUACGCGGCGCGACUCGACACCAUCUACCAGAACUCCAUCUUCCAAAAUGCAUUCAUCCGCUCAGAAGUGCUGGCGCUCGAUAGGGGUCCCGACGAUGCUUUGGUGGUGCACUUCAACCUCCACGUCAACUACCGCCGCCUCCACCUGGACGCUGCCGAUCUCUACCUCGUGCUGGUGUCUGAGAUUCGCAAACCAGACUCAGCGGCACUCAGCGGCGUCACCAUCGAUGAGGACACGGUGGAGAUGCAAGAGAGGAAGGUACAACACUACCCAGGAAGCAUGCCACCACACUUCCCUACGCCGGGCUCUGAAUACCACACUGGCUCUAGACUGUACAAGCCGCCCUCCAAAAGCGGUCCCACCACUCCCACCUCUCCGCCCACCACUACGCCCCCGCCCAGACGCUGCCAAGCCCUCGACGUGAACCUGUGCGCCGGUCUCCACCACAACGUGACUACUUACCCUAAUCUCCUCGGCCACCAAGAUUCAGAUGCCGUGGAAAGGGACAUCAUCUCCAUCAGACAGGUGAUUGACUCCGAGUGCCACCCGCUGGCCCAGGAGUUCCUCUGUGAAUUGCUACAACCAGACUGUCGCCGCGCCCAGACCAUGUCACCGAGUGGGGUGUUCGAGGAUCUGCUGGUGAGCCCCUGCAGGGACUUUUGCGAGGAGGUGAUGAGCGCGUGUAUCUCCAGCUUGCCAGCGCGCCUCAAGAGAGCAGUCAACUGUUCCGCACUGCCCACCCUCAACGCAGACCACGAGUGCACCACUAAGCCAGGUUGCGCCAGAGAACUGAGAGUCAAGGGAUGGCCGGAGCGUGUCUGCGAUGGUGUCAUUGACUGCGCAGAUAUGUCAGACGAAGAGCAAUGUUCCAGCUGCGGCCUCAAAGCUUUCAGGUGUGGCUCGGGGGCGGCGUGUGUCUCAGAGCGGCGGUGUGAUGGCAUCGAGGACUGUCCCAAUGGAUCAGACGAGCGAGGUUGCUUGUCUCUAACGCCGACCCCCACGGACCCUGACGCCCUGAAGGAGCAACAAUGGACCAAGUACAACCGCGAGGGCCUGCUGCGCUACACGGAGGGCGGCCUACCUUCCCGCGUGUGUGUGGACAACAUCAACAAGACUCUCACCACGCAGGAGGCGCACCGGCUAAUCCACAACAUGGCGGAGGUCACCUGCGAUCUCCUCUCCUACGGAGGCGUGGAGCUAGUGGAGGUGGUGACGGAGGAUGUUUACGACCACGUGCCUGGCCUGGGCUACGUGCAGAUCACCGACGUGUUCUCCACCAACAUUACCUUCGAGCCGAUCAACUGCUCCCGCCGCACCGUUGUGUAUAUGGUGUGCUCCGAACUGGCGUGUGGAGUGCGGCCGCUGUACCUGCCGCCACGCAGCCCGGUGGUAGAGGGUGGCGUGGUUCGCACGGUGGACAGCGGAGAUUGGCCCUGGUCGGCGGCGCCUAAGGACGGCGUGCAUGCCUGUGACGCCACUCUAAUCCACACCUCAUGGCUGCUCACCACCUCACUCUGCUUCCAGGGCCAGGGGCGGGCGCUGUGGGUGGCGCGUCUGGGCGGCAUCCGCAUCUCAUCCCAGGCGCCGUGGGUGCAGGAGAGGCUCAUUGUGGGUAUGGUGAAAUCCCCGGUGGAGGGAAGCAAGAUCGUCCUCAUCAAGCUUGCAGACUCUGAGCUGGAGCUGAGCGACUACGUGCGGCCCGCUUGCCUGGGCUCCCACACCGCUGUCAGUCAGCUGGCGAAACGCAACUGCCGCAGCCUGGGAUGGGGCGCCAGACGGGAUCCUCUGGUGGAGCUGUCGGUGAAGGUGAAUCCCGGGGAGGCCUGCCAGCGACUUGACGGCUUCAUGGAGAACACAAUCUGUGCCCAGCAGACCUCGCCCACUGACAGAUGCCUCCUGGAAGAGAUGAGUGGCGGAGGACUGCUGUGUGAGUGGGCCGGGCGCUGGGAGGUGGUGGGUGUGGCCAUGUCGCACACCGGCUGCUACCAGGGCUCAAGACCACGCCUGUACGACGACAUCACCACCAACACUGUCAAGUGGAUAAAGAAGACGAUCGCAGCCUUCCAGCGUAAUUCGUAACCCCCAAGCAUGAGUGGCCACCUCACAGUGUAGAGACAGGGUAGGAACACGGCUGGCAGUGUAACGAUAUUUUUCUUCUUUCGAGAACUAUAAAACAUUCUAUGUAGAUUUGUUAUUCCAAGAGGCACAAAUCCUACGAUCAACAUUGAUUUGAUGUUGAUUCUUUGUUUAACCUUUAUUCAGGAGCCCUCGAGGAUCACUUAGCUUCCAAGGUUCUCCCUUUAGAAGAGAACUUAAGAGAGUUUCCGCCCUGGCGAGGGAGCCGCUGGAUUUAGCGGCCUGGUGUGUCCUGAAGGUGAAGCCUUCCAUAAUACUCGCACACCAGCACACUCACUGGAUGGUGUUGGUUCACAUAUCAAAUUCAGUAUUGUAUUCUCAAUUCUAUCAAAUUAUUCCCAGAACAACCAUAUCACAUACAUAUCUCAAAUUCUGUAUAGGUUGGUAAAUGGCAUAGCGAUUUAUAUAUGAAUAAUUGUUGGCCUUGUAGAGAAUUAUCCGAUAUGAACUAUAUGUAUGAGAGAUAUUUGAGUUAAUGAUAGAGAAAACUCUAAAAUUAAAACCUCCGACACUGUCCUAACAAAGUAACAUUUAUGUUGAAUACUAAUGUAUAUUUCUCUUAAUCUUUAAGAGUUUAUACAUAGUGCAUAGUUUGUGUGCAAUUUCAAACUCAAGUGCAAGGCUCCCUCGUGCUGCUGGGGCAGAGACGCCCACAGUAACAGUGUUGUCCUAGUGGUAGACUAGUGCUAGAGGGGCGCCGCGCCCCACCCUGCCGCUUGCACUCCGGGGGCUCAGUUGGCACCUUCCCUACAGCAGUCACCCCUGUUCAUGGGAUGGUCUGGUGCGCCCUAGACGACGUGUCGCUGAAGGUCCCCCUAGCUGCCGCAUCUAGGUACUCGGUGUAUUAGUCGACCUGGCUACGUGGAGAAGUGUGAUUGUUACGUGGAUGGUGUGUGUCCUCGCGGUCCUGUGGCUGCCUCUCGCGGGUGGUUCAUGUUUAUAUGUGCAUCCAAGUGUAGCGAUACCGACGUGCUGAACCAUAGAUCGCCACCCAACGAUAUUAUGGCUGAUAUAGAUAUAUUUACUAUAUUUCAGUGACAUCUAUGGUUCAUGGCUGCUUUGUCAUUAACAAACAUGUCACUUAUAAAUGUUGUACAGAAAUCUUUAUUUGCUUUGGUUGAAGCAUGAGUCAUCUCUGACUGCAGAGAAAUUUUGUAAACUUAUAAUGACCUGUUGUAAAGAAACACAUAUCCAAGAAUUUACUGGUGAGGUGUUUCUCUGCUCUGUAUGGUCCCGUUGGCGCGCUGACGUAUCGGGUCUGUGCCGCCUGUUACUGAGGGUCGAAGGGAACCACGUGUAGUAGAAAAUACAAAUGGAGUUGUGUUCAGUGACUUGUAGCGCUGAGGAGUGUGAACUGUCGUGCUGCGUCAAAAGUAACAGCAGGUUCAGAGACGGACACCUUGACGCAGAAAACAUGUGACGACUGUCAUUCUUUCAUCUACAAGGUAGCAAUUUGAGGUUGAGAGAUAAAUGAAAUAGCAUAAUAAUCGUAAACAUCUAACUUUUUUUCUGUUUUGUUUCAACCAAUAGAUUCCAUGUGUAUUAUGCAUAUUUUCAACAUUAAAAUCAUAAAAAUCUCACAGGGUAAAACAUAUAGAGAACGUGAGUGAUUCCAGGUCAGGUAACAAAGUCGCUCCUGUAUGAUAUUAUAAGGGUGCAGCAGUAGCUCGGUGAGGCGAAGGCUUUUUAUUUCAACACAGAUUUAUACGCACCACAUAUACGAGUACAUAUCCCAUCGGUAACCUAAUUUGAAAAGGUUUUUUUUUCUAACACAACUUGUAACAUUAAAUUCUUGCCUUUUGAAUAUCCUAACGACAGUCCACCGCUUUAUUUACGUCAUUGCUACAGAAACCACGUAAACUACAUAUGUUAUAGAAACUCCGUAUAUAUGAAGUAGCCAAAAAAAGAACGAGGCAUACCGUAAGAAAUUAUCUCCCUGCAUUUAUCAAAAAAAAAAAAAGACCACAGUGAAUGAAUCUUUGGCACCCAUCCCAAGGUGCUGUGUAGCGCCGGUGUCGGGGAAAAACUAUCGCCCUCAUACCUUUGCUGCUCUCCUUCACUAGACACUGGCGGUCCACAAGUGUGUCUAGGUGUUUAUUGCUUCUCCUCAGGCGUCCACUAUAAGAUAUUACGAGAAAUGAUAAAUCUAGUGCAUUUAUGUAUAGGAUUGACCAGUACACACACACAGAGAGAGAGAGAGAGAGAGAGAGAGAGAGAGAGAGAGUUUAUCCCGUUCUUUCUAUUUCUUUACUACCAGGAAACGUUUUCUUUCUUAACCUUCGACUGCUAAGGGCGUCAUACGAGACACUUUAACUUCACUAAAGGGUUUUAAACUUGAACUGAUCCUUCCGAUGAUAAACUUGCACCAGAUCAUUAUGUGCUACGUCCUGAGAAGCCAUAGGAGUCGAAGGGUUGAUUGAACGGUUUGAAAUAUCUUCUGUAUAACCCUGAUUGCAGAUGAUGUUUCCAUAUAUACCACUUGAAACAUUUAUUUUGAGCCAAUGGGAUGGUCAGAGAGAGAGAGAGAGAGAGAGAGAGAGAGAGAGAGAGAGAGAGAGAGAGAGAUGUUACUUCACUUCCUAUGUAUUAACAAAAUGCCUAUUGUUACCAUCAUUGCAAUAAAUGUGAAAGCUUCCCAAAUGAACAAACGAAGAUUUAUACAUUAAGACUGUAUCAUACAACACUGUUAAAGGUAAUCAGUUUAUUCGGAAAGGAGAAAAAGUGUUAGUUAUCAUAUAAUUAUGUUGCAGAAUUUGCCAUUAAGAACAGCAUUCCAUGUUAUUUCGAUAGCCAUUUGUUGUACACAGGCAGCAUUUUAGGAACUUAAAUUCUAGAGACUGGGUGAAAAAAGCAUUACUUUAUUGGUUUGUUGUAUUAUUUAUUUCUACUAGAUUUUGUGCAUAUGUGUUCUUUUCUUUUUCUUACAGUAUCUAUUUAUUACUAUUUUAACGAAUCACUUCAAGAUCCGCCACUUAGGCUGAAUUUAUUGUCACUGGAUAACUCUCAACCCUUAAUGAUCUGUAUUUUCAAACGUAUCAGCAUCUUAUCUACUAAUUUUAGAAGGCUCCAGAGGAAAUUAUUGUGGCUUUCAAGGAUGUUUUCACAACUUGAUAAGCAUUUAAUAAAGAAUCUAGAUUAUCACUGGCGAAAACAUCCAUGAAAGCUUAACUAAUUAUCUAUAGAGCUUUUAGAAUUAGUCCUCAUGAGUGCUGGAAGAGUUUUAUAGUACGAUCCUUCAUUUAAAAGUCUUCGUGUGGUGUGAUAGCCUGCAAACUUCCCUAUCCUGCGAAUAAGGAGGGCCAGGAUGUUAUCAAGUGGCACUAGAUUGAGUUUAGAAAUACGAAUCUUCACGUGAUCCUCUUCAACUAAUAGUGACUUACUUCCAAAGGCGCCUGUUCAUCUCCACCUCCAACUCAACUAAGAUAUUGGACACCAGUUGUUGUUUGUUUCGGAGUGGCAAGAGAAUGUUGUCAAUCUUUCACUCCGUCUUGGUUACAGGUCAGCUCGUCAGGGCCUUUGAAAUGUUCUUGGUGGUUAUUGAUUUUUUCAUCUUUUUUUUUUUUUUUUUUUUGAAGGCUGUUGAAAUGUGAAUCAAAAAUCGUGCUUUGGUUUCUGCAUGUACUAAAAAUUUACACAGUUGAGAAUAUUGUAGGCAUAUAUUACAUGUUUGUUAUUGUUAUUACUGUUGACAUAAUUAUUUAUUCAUACUACUACAACUACUACUACUACAACAACAACAACACCAACUACUACUACUACUACUACUACUACUACUACUACUACAAGAACCAUCACUAUCAUUAACACCACAACUAUCAAUUACUUUUAAUACCACUAUACUACUUCCAACACCAUCAUUUCAUAACCACCUACUACAUCUACCACUACUACCACUAACUACUACUUUCACUCUUCUUUGAAGCGGCCACCAGUUUUUCCCCGACAGCGGCCUCCACCACACAGGCGCGACCGCCAGCCCGGACGCACUGUGUGUAUCAUACUGAGCACUGAGCAGACCUAUAGAUAUCGGAAUAGAUAGAAAUUUCACUCUAGUCUACUUUGUUAGGUGGAGCUGUUUUAUAUGUGUAGCGCUAGUGUGUGUGGGGCGGAGGGACGCAAACUGUUUGCCGAGGGGUGGAGCGGGGAUGGGGUGUGUGUGGGGUGAGUGAGUGGCUGUCCAAUGCAUCCCUGUUGUGCGUGGGUCCUCUUCCCUUCCCGCUCCUCCCCACUCAAGAGUUAGGCUGCGCGCUGUCCCGUCCUGCGAGGAUUCAUGUAACGUGGCAGUAUUGUGUAAUGCAUAAGAAUGUUAACGAUAUUUUUGUUGAAUGCCUGAAUUUUAUUAAUUGCUUGAGAAGAAUAAUACAUAUAUGCGAAAUAUUUUUCAUAGAUCUUAAGCCAUUCGCAGGGUGUACAUGCAGGUAUCCAUUCUCUUCUUCUCCUCCUCAUCCAUAAGUCUUGUACUUGCCUGAAUUUACUCUACAUAUACCUACCUAUUCGCUAUCCAUAUCAUUAUGUGCACAAGAUACUAAGUGAUAUUAUCAUUUUGUUCCUAUGUACUGUACAGCAUUAAGAUUUAGGUCACUCGAUAAGUUACCUACGAGUCUAGUGAUUAGUUUUCGAGUCCCACACUGUAUCCUCUCCUGGGCCACCUGUACAGCAUCAUGGUCUGGGUUAGUUAUCAGUUACUUCUGAGUUUAGUGGUUAGUUUCUGUUACAAAGCUAUCUUAUUCUUUCCCCGGGCCACCCCAACAAGUGAGCCUCGCCCUGCCUUGGCCGUCCCCUCGUGCCGGGCCUCCGUAUGCUCGUUUCCGUGAUACUGAUGUACCCCGGCUUCUUCCAGUGAAAGUGUAUUACCCUCAAGAACAUGUGACAAAUGCUGCCUGUAAUGUAUAAAUCAAUAUGUAAAUUGGUUUGUGUAUAAAUAAUAACUAUGUUUGAUG